GUCACAAACUCGAAUACUGGAUUCUGAACAAUAUAUAACUUGUUCAGUUACGUGAUUUAUUUCGUGCAGAACAACUACGUCCAAUACAGCCAUCCCAAAGAUACGCAAUGAAAACAGUCGAAUCAGAUUUGGAUCGGCUUGGGAUAUUUAAGGAAAUGUCAUAUCACACCAUUCAGGAUCCAUAUGACAAGCCAAACAAGCGUAGUACACGUUCUGCUUUCAAGGGUAAACAAAUGUAUUGCAGUGGAUCAAAGGAAAGAUCAGCAACAGCUGAUGGUUAUUUUGGACCUUUCACUAGGAUUUAUAAUGGAGAUAGCAAAAUCGAUCUCGGGAGGCUAGCACGUUUACAAAGAAUAGAAAGUGCAAAGAAAAUCAGAGGUAAGGACUGGAUUCCACCAAGUGGUUCACACAGUUUGCAUGGGCUUGGCAGCACCCUAGACACAUUUAGUGGACCCGUACCCUAUAUGAAACCAACAGUGAUUACAAAACAUAUAAAGUUAGAUCAUCGCCGAAAUUUUUAUACCUCUCCUGCAAAGAAAGGCUGUGGUUCAUACAUAGACAUCACGAUUGGAAAAUACCCAAAAUACAAAAGUGACGCCUAUGAUAAGCGUCCGAAGACAAACAAGUCCCAAAGUUCAACAUCUGACAAAGUUUUUUACCUCAACCUUCAUCCUGUGGACUACUUUGAUCGAAAUCCCUACCGACACGUUACUAUAAGACGAAGCCAUCCCAGCAAAACACAGAGUAACCUUCCUUUCAGAAAACUGUCUUCAAACCAUCAAGCGGCCCUAAAUCUCCAGGUGGAUGUAAAGAUGGUUGUUUCAGCCCUUUUCCAAGUUAUACAUCCAAAAGACCAAGAAAAUCUGCCCAGGUCAAAUCUGCUAUACCGAUUCUUAAAAUACCAGGUUGCCCAAAGACAUAUCCUAUUAGUUCAAUAUUGGAAGUUAAUAUCAGGCGUCGUAUAAACUCUUCAAACUACAAAAGCAUAAGGACGUCCAUCUUUGACACCUAGACGGACGCGUAAGAAUAUCCACAAUGUACAUUUUGUCGAAAGGAGUUCAAUAUCAGAACAGUAGGUCACAUAAAUCAAAAUGGAUGUUUACUAAAAGGAACUACCCGUAUUUUUUCUUCAUCCUCUGACUCAUCAAAAACAGUGAAUCGAUUAUUUUACCCAAAGAAAUUUGUAUUUCUGUGUUUACUGUUGUAUGAAGAAACUAAA